AUGAGUGCCACGCAAGAAGCGCAACUCGUCGGGGCUGCCUUGAAGGACGCGCUCCAGAGCCAAGUCGAAUUCUACUUCUCCAAGGCCAACCUCGCGACCGACUCGUACUUGGUGUCGCAGAUGAACGCGCAAAUGUUCGUGCCCAUUGACACCAUCCUUGGCUUUGCCAAGAUCAAGGCCCUCAGCGACGACGCGGCGCUCCUCAUUGACGCCAUCAAGGACUCGCAGAUUGUUGUCUUGAACGACGAGAAGAACGCGAUCAAGCCCAACAUCAAGUCGGAGCGCAACACGAUCAUUCUGCGUGAGAUCCCGUCGGCGACGGCGCCGGCCGAGGUCGAGGCCAUCUUUGCCGGCUGCGGUGCUGUCACGAGCGUCCGUAGCGACGUCGGCGACACCUGGUUUGUCACGAUGGCCACGGAAGAGGAGGCUGUCAACACGCUCCUUGCGCUCCGCAACAAGACGUUCAACAACGCGCCGAUCAAGGCCCGCCUCAAGUCGGAGAACCUCUUCAAGUCGUUCUUCCCGCAGUCGACGCCGUCGGUGGACGCGGCCGCCUCGCCCGUCACGACGUCGGCGUAUUCGAAGGAGUCGGCCAAGCCCAAGUCGGAGCGCCAGCCGAUCCUGAACGCGGUCAACUUCCCGCCGCUCCCGACCAACGUCGGCGGCGCCGCCAUCACGCAGGCGUACUCGCACGAGGACAUUAUGGAGAUUGUCAAGCACAUGGACGAAGCCGACUGCGUGCUGCCGGAAGGCAAGAUGGAUUUCGAGGCGCACGCCGCCGCGCUCACGCCGGAUGCCCACCCGGACCUCCUCCGCAACCAGCGCACGUACUCGAUCGAGAAAAGCGCGCGAGGCGCUCCGCCAGGGCCGCCCGAUCCGAGUAAAACAAAAAAAGCGCGCGAGCUCCGCCAGCAGGCCCAGGAAAAGGCCGUCGAGGAGGGCAAGCCCAUCGUCGCGGCGGUAAAAGAGAAGCCCGCCAGCGGGUACGCGGCCGCCUUGAUCAACGGCGCGGCGGCGGCCGCUGUCAAGAAGGAAGAGGCCCCGAAGAAGAAGGAGGUCGAGUCGCCCAAGAAGGCGGCGCCGGUCAAGAAGGCUGUCGUUGUCGAGGCGAAGAAGGAGGUGAAGGAAGUGCCCGUCGUCGCGCCCACGGGUGCCUGGGGUGCGCGCUCGUUCUUGGACAUUGUGAAGGAGCCCAAGAAGGCCGAGGCCGAGGAAUAA